AAGAGUGUAGUUCGUGGGAAAAGCUACAACGUGGAUAUGCGUGUGAGGCAGCGACACUGGGAUAUAGAGGAGAGAGCACGAGAUGCUGACAGAUUCCUGAUAGAUGUGCAAAAUGGCGCAAGCAAGUUCUACCCCUGCGAGCCACCAAUUGUUGUAGUUCAUGAACAUGAAGAGCUAGCUGUAUGUCUCUUUUCUUCCGAUCGCCUCACGUUGUUUUUAGUAUCGUAAUAUAUUUCAAAGUGAUUAAAUGGCUACCAGAAGGCUCUGCCUUGUUCCAUGCAUUUUUGGAUUGCUCCUCAACGCUUUAGUCGGUGUGACAUCGGGAGCAGAGCUGUCCUUCACGCUGGAGCCCAGUGACAUCAUCGCGGUGCAGGAGCAGCCCCUCAUGCUGCACUGUCAGGUGGACGGCAUCCCACCAAUCACCACGCAGUGGAGGCGGAACGGAGUCCUCCUGGUGGUUGACCAAUACUACACCAUGUUCCACAACGGCACUCUGCUGAUUGGACGCUUCCAGAGGACCAAGUCUGACGGCUCAACUGAUGAAGGGGAUUAUGAGUGCGUGGGCCAGAACUCCUUUGGUCUGGUGGUGAGCCGCAGGGCCAGGGUGCAGGCCGCCACGAUGACGGAGUUCCAUGUCCAGCCGCGGUCAGUGCGUGCGGAGGAGGCGGGCAUGGGGCGGUUCCAGUGCCAGAUUCACGGCCUGCCUGAGCCUGCCAUCAGCUGGGAGAAAGAUGGCCGCUCCGUGGACACUAAGGAUGAGAGGUAUACCCUGCUCCCCACUGGUGUUCUGCAGAUCACAGGUCUGCGUCAGGAGGAUAGUGGUGUGUUUUGCUGUGUGGCCCACAACAGUGCAGGAGUAAAGCACAGUGCCGGGGCUCGCCUCACCGUCUCAGUAUCCCAGUCUUCUGUUUACAAAGAGCCCAUGAUCCUCGUGGGUCCUGAAAACCUCACUCUCACCGUUCACCAGACGGCCAUCUUGGAAUGUGUUGCCACAGGAUAUCCCCGCCCCAUCGUGUCAUGGAGCAGGCUUGAUGGCCGUCCGAUAGGUGUGGAGGGCAUCCAGGUGCUGGGUACAGGGAACCUGAUGAUCACAGAUGUCGGGGUCCAGCACUCUGGCGUCUAUGUCUGCGCUGCCAACAAACCAGGGACCCGUGUACGCAGAACCGCUCAGGGACGUCUGGUGGUCCAAGCCCCAGCAGAGUUUGUGCAGCCUCCCCAGUCCAUCUCCCGGCCGGUGGGCACCACUGCUAUCUUCACCUGCCAGGCGCAGGGCGACCCUGUGCCCCAGCUCACCUGGCUGAAGAACGGGCAGAUCCUGGAGCCUGGAGGGCACGUCAAGCUCAGGAACAACAACACCACGCUGACCAUCUAUGGCAUCAGUCAGGAGGACGAAGCCAUCUACCAGUGCAUCGCUGAGAACAGCGCCGGCUCCACCCAGGCCAGUGCCCGCCUCACCGUGCUGUGGGCAGACGGCCUGCCAGGGAUGCCCAGUGUGGUGCGGGCCGAGGCCCUCUCACCCAACGCCAUCCAGGUGUCCUGGAAGGAGUCCGCCCAGGACACUCAGGAGAUCAUCGGCUACGUGCUCCACAUCCGUAGGACCACAGACCCUGUGGAGAUGGAGUACCAGGAAGCCGUCAGUAAGGUGACUCUACAGCAGGUCGUGGGUGAUCUGGAGCCCUCCACCGGCUACACCUUCUAUGUGAAGGCUUACACGUCCCGCGGAGCCAGCAAGCCCUCCGAGAGCGCCACCGAGAGCACGCUGGGCGAAGUGCCAGCACCCCCGUCACUGUUCAUUAAAUUGGUGAACAGCAGUGUGGUGCAGGCGGUGUGGGAGCCAUCCUCUAAGAUGGGCCAACAUGAGGGCUUCAGGCUGUACUACAGGAGGGUCCACACCCCCCUCUUCACCGGACCACUCACCUUCACCCGCAACGUCACCCAGUACAACAUCACCCAGCUGGAUCCAACCCUGGUGUAUGAGAUUAAGGUUCUGGCCUUCAACCAACACGGAGACGGCAACGCCACCAUGCGCUUCGUCUCACUGAAGGAGGCUGUGGAGAAAUCAGUGCUGAACACCCCCUGUGACUGUGUGAAAGAUGAACAGAGCAAGACCUCUACAACCGGAAUCAUCAUCGGCAUCCAUAUAGGAGUCACCUGCAUCGUAUUCUGCAUGCUCUUCCUCAUGUUCAGCUACAGGGGGAGGUUGAUGACGUGCAAGACAGUGCAGGCCACCCCCCAGGCCGGGCGUAACAUUGCCCUGGAGUUGUCCUCCACCUCCCAGGGGGCCCUGGCCUUAAACGGGGUGAGCAGAUCAGGCAUGGAAGGGAACGGCAGUCUUGCUGGGAAGAGCAGGGGAGACAGCAACGAGCUGGAGAGACUCUUCUCAGGCCCUUCCCACUGUGGAGACCUAGCAGACAGUUCACGCAUGUUGGAUAGAUCCCUGGUGUCCUGUGCGCUGGACGAGACCCAGUUGUCCACUCUGCCGCUGGUUGACUUCAGCCUUGUGGUGGACAGAGAGACGCAGUUCCAGAGGCCUCCAGCAGAGGGCCGGGCGGUCAGUGACAGGGCUGUGGCCGGGGUCACCCAGCAGAACCAGACCUGAUAGAAGCAUGAACUGAAGUCUGUGACACGGUCACAGUGUCACCUCAGACUCGUAUCACACUCAGGUCGACCGAAGUAUUUCUUUUCCUAUUAGUUUUUCUUUGUGCAAAGAAUUGUAUUAUUGGUAAGUUAAAUAAGUCGCCUCUGGAAAAGUUAUAGGGUCUUGGACUCAUCUUGGAGGUGUCCCCGGCCUAGGUUUUUGGUGCGCUUUUGUGAUGGACAGCUAGGUUUUAGCUUUGGCAGGUGAAUUAAGUGUUCUUGUUUUUUUUUUUUACUUCCUUCAUUUUCUGGUUGCCGGCAGCACACAGAAUAGAUAUCCAGAAUGUCUUUGUUAUACACUCAUCAUUUUAUCUCCGAGUCGAAUAUGUUUUUAUUCCUCUACUAUCUCACAAAAUGGUUCUAAUUUAUUGGUCUUAUUUCUACUAUUUCUUUCAAUGUCAAAGACUGCUGCCUCCUCUCAGCCUAGCAAGGAUUCCACAAACGCAUCCAACAAAGACUUAAGGCCUUCUUCCAGUGAUUUCAUAUAUUCUCUGUCUCAGGACUUUUAUUUUCAGUGAUAUCAAUGUUUUUUUUAUUAGUUCUCGGCCUUCAUACAGGUUCUUAACUUGGCUCUGUGAACCUUAGGAUUCAACAAAAACCUACCUCAGCCGGAAUGAAUGUGACGUGGGAAACCUUUUGGAUCCGUCUUUUCCCCCUGCGUUCAGUUACUUUUACAUGUAGAGCGAUCGGUUCGUAAAACACGAGAACAGGUGCCACGCUACCUCAGAUGUCAAGAACCGCCGCUCUCCUGCUUGUCGAAGCGAGGGGGAAAAAAGAAGAAGAAAAAUCAAACGGAAAGCACUUCAAAACGCUGAAGUCCACGUUCUACCUCAAGAUAACAAUGUUGUAGUUGUUCUUUCUUUCAUAAUGAAACAUGUACUUCUGUUGUGAGAGCUCCUGGCUUCCCUCUGUCGAUGAAUUGCUGUUUGUGGAUAUGUCAGUACCUCGUGCAAGUUGACAGAUGAUAUUGUUGUAAGAAUUCUACUUGUAAAAGACAUUUUUCAUAGUUUUCCAUCGUGUUUGCGUGAGAUAUUUUCUCUUUGUUUUAUUUGAAUCUUAGUUGCUUCUGUUGAUUGAAAAGACUGUUAGCGAUGCACUAAUCAUUUCAGGACAGUUUUACUGCUAUGUGAGAACUGCUGCAGAUAUUCCAUUGGGCAGGUGAGGUUUUAGUUACAUUUACACUUGAUUGAGACAUACAUCAUAUGUGUAUUUAUGAAUGAUUGCAGGAUGGAAUUGUGCGUGCGUGCGUGCGUGUGUGUGUGUGUGUGUGCGGUAUAUGUGGUAUAUGUGAUGUAUUUAGAUAAAUAAGCACAAAUGUAUCAACAUGUCAUUGUAGGCGUUGACAACCACAAAUAUUAAUGUAUCUGAUAUGAUCCCAGGUAAUUGGCUUUUCAAUUGGCAAUAGUGUUGUUCUAAUCUGAUUUUUUGGGCUCUGCUUGUCACUCACUCCGAGCUGUGGCACAGUGCACUCCUCUUGUUAUAGUUCAUCAAUUCAAAUCAAUUGUCUUCUGUCGUAAUAGCCAAGACUUCUCGAGCCUGUCCAUCCCAGAUCCCUCACUCCAUCCCUCCUCCACACUGGCAAAUUAAAGUGCUUCAGGAAAACCUUUAUCACAGUGCUGCAUGCAAAUCCAGAGGGAGAUGGUUUUAACAGGUAUUAACUCACAGGUCUGAGUUCAGCGUGCUCAUGCUGUCAUCUCCCUGAGCAAACACACAGUCAACUUGAUGUUAUCAGACUUGGAUCUGAUCCAGGGUCAGAUCUGGGAGUGCCACCACCAAUGCUCCACCUGUUCCUCCAGAACCAUGCUCUCUGGAGCUGGAGCUUCCCUGAGGCAGAGCCAACCUGAGCCAGGCCAGUACUCUUACGGUAGCCUGGGUUAGGGCCGCUGUCCGACGGACACCCUGUCUUCUCCCUGGCUCUCUCUACUGUAGAGAUAGAUCACAUUUGAACUCUCACGUAAUGGCCUAUAGCAGUAUUACUCUGGUAACCUACCUCAACCCCGACACGACUGUCCUGCUCUCAGGUUGCUCCCUCUCACACUCUGACCGAAACUUCUAUAUGUACAUAAAUAUAGACCUCACACACAUAAUGACACACACACUCCUCGGGAAGGGAGGAUGUCUUCAGGGCCUUGUGGUACAUUUACAUUUACAUUUAAGUCAUUUAGCAGACGCUCUUAUCCAGAGCGACUUACAAAUUGGUAGUGCAGUUGUGUGAUAGAAAAACGUUAUGCUUAGCUUUUCAUCUUUAUGCUUAGCUUUUGUGGAUGUGAAUGUAUCACAAUUAUUUUUAUUACAUUUUUGUUGUAUUAGAAGCUUUUACGUUUUUGUUUUUUCACUCAGCCUUGAAUGUCUUUGAACAUGUGUCUGUUAUAGACUAAUAAACGAGGGCAUCAAACACUCACUGCAAACUGUAGUACAGCUACUCGGUAUAAACUGUAGUACAGCUACUCACUGCAGACUGUAGUACAGCUACUCACUGCAGACUGUAGUACAGCUACUCAGUAUAAACUGUAGUACAGCUACUCGGUAUAAACUGUAGUACAGCUACUCACUGCAGACUGUAGUACAGCUACUCACUGCAGACUGUAGUACAGCUACUCGAUAUAAACUGUAGUACGGCUACUCACUGCAAACUGUAGUACAGCUACUCAGUAUAAACUGUAGUACAGCUACUCACUGCAGACUGUAGUACAGCUACUCACUGCAGACUGUAGUACAGCUACUCAGUAUAAACUGUAGUACGGCUACUCACUGCAGACUGUAGUACAGCUACUCACUGCAGACUGUAGUACAGCUACUCAGUAUAAACUGUAGUACAGCUACUCAGUAUAAACUGUAGUACAGCUACUCACUGCAGACUGUAGUACAGCUACUCAGUAUAAACUGUAGUACAGCUACUCACUGCAGACUGUAGUACAGCUACUCAGUAUAAACUGUAGUACAGCUACUCAGUAUAAACUGUAGUACGGCUACUCAGUAUAAACUGUAGUACAGCUACUCAGUAUAAACUGUUGUACGGCUACUCAGUAUAAACUGUAGUACAGCUACUCAGUAUAAACUGUAGUACGGCUACUCAGUAUAAACUGUAGUACAGCUACUCAGUAUAAACUGUUGUACGGCUACUCAGUAUAAACUGUAGUACAGCUACUCAGUAUAAACUGUAGUACGGCUACUCAGUAUAAACUGUAGUACAGCUACUCAGUAUAAACUGUAGUACGGCUACUCAGUAUAAACUGUAGUACAGCUACUCAGUAUAAACUGUAGUACAGCUACUCAGUAUAAACUGUAGUACGGCUACUCAGUAUAAACUGUAGUACGGCUACUCAGUAUAAACUGUAGUACGGCUACUCAGUAUAAACUGUAGUACAGCUACUCAGUAUAAACUGUAGUACAGCUACUCAGUAUAAACUGUAGUACGGCUACUCAGUAUAAACUGUAGUACAGCUACUCAGUAUAAACUGUAGUACGGCUACUCAGUAUAAACUGUAGUACAGCUACUCAGUAUAAACUGUAGUACAGCUACUCAGUAUAAACUGUAGUACGGCUACUCAGUAUAAACUGUAGUACGGCUACUCAGUAUAAACUGUAGUACGGCUACUCAGUAUAAACUGUAGUACAGCUACUACUCUUUUACUCCCAGAACCCUCCUCACAGAUGAUGUGCAGCAACAGGUGUUUGUAAAUACAGAUAAUGAACAGUCUCACCCCUGAUUUAUUGCAAGGGGUUUCUGCAGUUAUCAUACUCAAAUUGUGUUAAUAAUUGGAGUAACUCUAUUAGAUAUGAAAUACUGUACCCUUGAUAUAAAACAUCUCCUGUAAAGACACACACAUAUUCCUACCUUCCUAGGCUGCAGUCAUCGAUUGAAUUGUAGUCAUUUGUUGGUCCAAUAUGUUUGAGUUAGAUCGUUUAGAGCAGCCAGUGCUCUCAUCCCUUUGUAGUUGGCUGAUUAGAGGAAGUGUGUGCAGCGCUUGGUCCAUUCUAGAUUUGACAUGGUAACGACCCUAGCCUGAAACGGACUGGUUAAAUAAAUGGGAUGUCUGUGUUAAACCCGGGCUGUAGAACUGUGUUUCUGUUAGACUAUCUAGUGUACAGUUGUAAUGCACAUUACAUUCCAGAGACUGUGUGUCAGUGGGUGCUCCUCCGGCAGAGGGUUUUUAUUGUACGAUGCAGUAGAAGUCGUUGUUGUUAAUGCUUUGCAUUGUUGCCGAAAACGUGGAACCAGAACUCGCCUGCAGUAAUUCUGUACAUUGUGUUUGUUUGUUUCUUCACCGUGCGUUUCUUAAAUUGUCUCGCGGGUCUUCAUUUAUUGUAUUGUUAUUGUACAUGAUGGUAGAGUUACAUUGCAAGUCUUAGUAAACCAUAACGAUAGUUGUCAAACUAGCAGAAAGAAAUGCCUCAGAAAUGUUACACGUGUAUUUAUGAACUGUUGAUGCAAUGUUCUCUCAUGUGCGUCUUUAAAAGCGUAAAAGAUGUGGAGGGGAGGAGGGGUCUCUCCAGAUAAACCAGAGGUACUUUUUCUUUAUAAUUUACGGUUAAUUUCCGAUGCUGGAAAUUGCCAACAUCUCAUCCCUGAUUUGACAGGUUUUAGUACCAUACAGUGCACAACUUAUUUACCCUUCACCCAGAAUGCCGAGCUGUAAAUUGAGGCAUCAUGUUUACAUGAUUGAUAUGAUCAUGAUUCUCCCAGUGCUUUACACUCCUAUAGAUCAAUGUUAAGAGCUUCCCUCUGUGAUCAACUGCUGAAGCUGCUCUAGUCUAUUCUGACUUAUUACCACUCCAUUGGCUGGUGAGAUGAGAUUCUCCCGCUAUCUAUUCUCAGCCCUGCUUCUUCCUCUCGUGAGAUUCCUGUCCGUUGAGUGUGUUUCUCUGGACAAAGAGAGAGUGGGCUGACUGUGCUCAGGGAACGUCUAUCUAAUCCUUAUGUUGUAUUUGUCACAGCGGAACAUGGACUGGGCGCUCCACUAUGAGAGUCCAUGUUAUUUAGUACAAUCUUCCUCUCACAGUGCUCUGACUGUGCUCUAUUCAACCAGUUUAGGGGAAGGGAUUGCCUUUUUUGUUUUUCGACUAGGCAAAUAAUCAAGGAGAUAAUCUGUCCACUGUCACACAUACUGAGCAGAUAAUGGUAAUCCUCCAUGCAUGAAGAUGUGUAGCCUCAGUGAGCCACGUAUAUAGGGAUUCAUAAAUGAAGUUCACAACC